GUGUGUUUUUGUAAGCGUGUGACCUGUAUUUUACCCGGCAAGGCCGAAUGCCUGGGAACAGGUAAGGUGUCUGGAAUGGGCUCGGGUAAUGUAAAAUCGAAAUCGUUAUACGCAGAAAGCCCUCCACAUACGGCACAACAUCCGACGAAACUUAACAAUAAGACACUAUCUGACAUCAUCCAUGGUGACAUUGUUUCACAUAAUACAAUAGGAUCAAAAGAAAGGAUGUCCAGUCAAGGAAUUACCAAUACAAAAGAUUCCAUUAAUGGGAGAAUUGAGAAGAAAGACAAAGUAGCUAAGUCUCCACAAGAUGUACAAAAAGUUGGUAACAAAAGCCAACGGCAGACAGAAAAAAUAGGUGUGCAUACAACAACAAUAUCUGUCUCACGAGGUGCCCCAUCUUCUGACAUCAAAGAGCAGGUUAACCACCAAAACACCACGGUUCAGAAUUCCCCAAAGCAUCCGAAUCGACAAAAACAACUCAUUGGGAAAUUGAACGGAGCGUUAGGGAGUUUUGAUGCCUCAAGUUUACACGAGAAAGAAAGUCUGAUGAAAUGGCUUGAGGGAAAGAUAGAUGAUCUAAAUAAAGUAGCGAAGCCAGAUCACACGAACGCACCAGCUGCAGCACAUUAUACUGGCAGCGACGACUGUGAAGACAAAGAACAAGACAAUGCCGGUGAGCACUGGGUGAAAGUAAAGCAGGAAAUAGAAGACCUAAAAUCAGAAAAGCAACACCUACUUAAUGUAGUUUCUGAAAUCGCGGGCAACCGUCUCAAGAAUAAUAAUCCUGCCAUUGCCGAUCUAAGCGAUAAGAACCGAGCCAGUAAACUGGCGGAGAGGUUUUCCGAGCUGUACGAUAACGAAUGGACAGAUGUAGUAGAGGUUCUCCGAAAAACUCCAAAAGGGAAUCAACAAAGACGAGAGGAAGAGGAAAAACUGGAGGAAGCAACCAUCAAUUACAUGGUUGAAUUUGUAAAGAUUACGUACGAAAUUUGUGACAAGAAAGCAAAAGAGGACCUUGAAAAAAUGCAACAGAUUGUUGUUAAAACAACAAAAACUUCCACUGACGUUGUGAAGCGAUGCAAAGAUUUAAUGAAGUCACACAUGUCUGCAAGUUCCAAAAGCCUAGAGCGCGUUGUAAGGGAUAUUCGGUCUAAAGUGGACAAAGCGAUGGAAGAAAAGAAGCGUUUCUUGAAUUUCAAUGAAAAACUGAACGGAAACGCAUAUCACAGUAGCUACAGUCGGAGCUGUGUGGAACUGUGUUGGUAUAUGUGUCUUCAAGAUCCUCCUGUUGUUAUGAUGGCAACCAUCACUGAUAAAGCAACCAAGGACCACUUCCGGGCGUAUACACGAUCUGGAAAGUUUCUUGGUUACAUAGUGUGGCCGGCACUUUUUCUUUACGAAGGCGGGCCCUUAUUAUAUAAAGGUGUGGCGCAGUAUUCUGAUACAAAGCCAGAACAGAAGACAGAAUUUUAACGUCAAAUCUUACUUGAUAUCCCAGUGUUUUCGUUCACUUUCACUCUCUACACCCCUGGAAUAUGUCAUUGCAAUUUAAUUAAAGUUAGGGGAAAUAACCUGACCAAUCGCUGAGCCGAGGAGUUUAUUUUGAAUGUUACAUAGGAGCAACAACAAUAAUAAUAAGACAUUUUUUUAACUGUCAGAUAAAACACAGGUGUUUCCAUCCAGACGACCUUUGACCUCAACUUAAUCAACGUCACAUUACACUGGCUAAUGUCAAAGGUCAAGUUGAUGAUUGUCUGCCUAGGCAAAACUGUCAUCAUUCACGGAUACAAUUCCUACAUUUACUACGAUUUGUCAUUUGCAGAGUGUCAUGAAUGGACUACAAAUCCUCUGUCCUUUUCACUUACUCCGGUUGUCAAUCAAACCAGUCCUUUUUGUUUUAUACACAAGAUGGCGGAGUCUGAGCCUUCGAUUUUGCCAUGAUAUAUCCAAGGGGUGCAAAGAGCUAAAGUGAACGUAAACGCUAGACCAUCGAGAAUGAAGCCGGAUAUUUCUAUCAUACUGUGACGCAUGCAUACCAUCUUAAAUGUCUUAGUUGCAUGGUAUAAUCGACAGGUUCCGAAAUGUACCAUUCGGCAAGCAGCUGAUAACACUAAGAAAAUGAGAAUUUUAGCAUUUAUAGUUUCAUUAAGUUCACUUCUGUCGAUUAGGUAUUUGAGAACAAUAGUGCACCAUCGAAAUAUUUACUAAUAUUGUUUUAUUAUCAAAUAGUCGACAGAUUUUUAAAAUAUGUUUUGCCUCAAUGAAUGCAUGCAUAUUCGGUAUCAUUCUAUCACACUCGAUAUAAACGCCACAACUUCGCUGAUUACAUAUCGAAGCAUGCAAUAGAAUAAUACCGAACACGCAUUCAUUUAUUGAGGUGGAAUAUAUCUCUUUGAUAAUAAAACAAUAUCAAUAAAUGGUUAAAGCUCUUAUUAGUCACGAAAAAAAUGUAUGCUAUAACACCACAAAUAUAUUUAUUUUGUGCGUAUUUUACACGUUCUUGUACGUCGGUGAAUCAGAGCAAAUACGUUGUUUCACACUGCAUGAUAAAACGAGUCGACAUAAUUGGAAUCAUCAGAUCUGAGCAGAAAAGGGGAUUUUUUAUGCUCUCUACUUAGAAAUGAGAGUGUUUUACUGUGAAUUUCGGCAAUAGUUUUUCUUAAAAUUUCUUGUAUUCUCAUAUUGAUUUAUUGCCUGAUACAUGUACUUUUACAUACGGGCCAUGGAUUCAUUAUUUACAUUCCUUAGCUUCACAAAAUUCAUUUUCUUAAAAUUGCUCCAUAUGGAAGCAUUAUUGGAUUUCAGAGGAAAAUCUUAAUUACGGAAUUUCAUUUGUUUAUGUAAUGUUUUGUUGUUGAGAAUUUGAAGUUAAUGAUUAUCUUUAAGUUGGUGAAGCAUGGGCUUCUAAUGUUUCAAUAAAAUAUAAACUUUACUUAUUUUACAGCAAUUGCGAAACAAGUUAUAUCAACUUAUAUUAAUCACGCUUGAAAUUGGCCCGGAUUGAAGCGCGCGAUAGGUCUUACUGUGGGGGCAAACCAGAGCACCGAAAGAAAACCCACGUGGUCGGACAGUUAACCCCAUACCUUUUCACGUUCGAUCGGGGUAUCGAACCCCGGUCGCCUAGGUGAAAGGCAAGUGUAUUACCACUGUGCCACCCGACCACCCUAUCUGAUGUUUCAAUGCCUUAUAUAUUGUUCUUAGUGUUAGAUAUUGGAUCUUUAUCCUGACCGAAUCAAAUUAAAGUGUUUUAAAUUGGUAAGUGUCGCUCUUUGAACGACGUGUACAGUUUUAAAUAUGUGUUGGUGAAGACCAUAUAUGAUCCGUAUAUCGGUAUAAUGUGACCGGGUCAUCUGGCGCGCUAACAUGCCCAAUGUAGGUCAUCGCAGUGUGAUAUCACUUUGAAAAUAUCCCAGGCCGCUGUCUUGAUAUAAGAUCUUGGGCUGUUGUGAAGGCAAAAAAUCAAAAGAAAUGAUUAUGGUUUAUUACUUAAAGAAACAAAUAUUGUUAAUUAACCGUUUGCAUGAAAGUUUUGCUUCUUGACUACGAGUGCCUGACAUAGAAGAUGUAUGUUUAAUUAAACUUGUAUGCAUUUGUAUAACCGACAUGAUUUAUAUCAUCAUUGAUAUAAAUCGUCAUCAAUUAAACGCUUCCAUUAAAACAUUGAUUCUUAAAGGUUUAAUGAAAUAAAUAAUGACCAUUUAAACACUUCCAUCAAAACAUUAAGUCUUUGAAGAUAUCAUAGAGAAUAUCAUUAUCAUUUAAACGCUUCCAUCAAAACAUUAAUUCUUUGAAGGUAUAAUAGAAUAAAUCUUCAUCAAUUAAACGCUUCCAUCAAAACAUUAAUUCUUUGAAGAUAUCAAAGAGAAUAUCAUUAUCAUUUAAACGCUUCCAUCAAAACAUUAAUUCUUUGAAGGUAUAAUUGAGUAAGUCAUUAUCAGUUAAAAACUUCCAUCAAAACAUUAAUUCUGUGAAGGUAUAAUAGAGUAAAUCUUCAUUAAUUAAACGCUUCCAUUAAAACAUUAAUUCUUUGAACGUAUACUAUAGUAUAUCAUUAAAUUAUCAAUUAAACGCUUGCAUGAAACUUUUGCUUCUUGACUGCAUGUACGUGUGCCUGACAUAAACUUGUAUGUAUUGGUAUUACAGACAGAUAUUUAUUUCAUACACAUUCCUCAAAAUAUUUUCAGGACAGAGAUAUAGAGAUGAGUUCAGGAAAGGGUCGGUGACAGUUGAUAGCUAUUGUUUGGAACUCUUUUAUGUUUUUUUUAAAUUUUUUUUUGAUUUAAUAUUUCUGAGAAUAUUCAUAAUAUUUAGUCGUUUGAUCUUUUGUAUAUAAGCCUGACUUGGAAAUGAGGCAAACCCAUUCCUUACCAUUUCCAAUUUAGUAAUAUCUUACAUUUGUCAGUAAAUUAUACAUAGCUUAAUUUGCAUCAUUAAAAAUAAUCUAAAAUAUAACACGCGUUGGUAUAUGUAUGUGUGUAUGAAAUAAUUUUGGGCAAAGAGGAAAUUCUAACGGUGUGGACAAUGAAAAAUGUCAAAUUUUCGAGACAAUCCGCCCACUGUCUGUGUGUUGAUAAAGGGGCGAUUGCCUCGUAAAUUUGAUAUUUGUCAUUGUCCACAUUGUUAGAAUUACUUCUUUGCCCCAUAUUAACAUUUCAAGUAAUUCGUAUCCUGCAGACAAACCCUUGCAAGGACCCAUGACAGUGUUAUCCGGAUAAUUACCGGUUAUAUUACUUCUUUGACCCAUACAUAAUAUAUAUACAUGCCUUAUUAAACGUUAUGUGUAGUUAGGCUUUGUCAAAUCGUUCAAUUAAAGAGCGUUAAUUAAAAAUC